AUGGGCAUCGUCAGCGUCAGGAAGAAAGAACUUUAUGGAGAUGCCUCGCCUCUGGAAGACCAAAAGUUCCUGGUCUAUGGCAGUUGCCUGCUGAAGUUGCUGGCCAUCUGCUCUGUGUGUUUCGCCACUUGUCGGGUCCAGCUCAAGCGCGUCAUUGGGAGCAUGGUGGUGUUUGAACAGUUGUGUGCACAUGGCCACUCUAAGGUAUGGGACUCCCAACCAUGCUAUGGAACAAUGCCUGCAGGAAACCUUCAGAUUGCUUCAGCCAUUUUGUUUGGAGGGAACAGCUCUGUGAAGAUUCUGAAUUUGUUUCGAUACAUGAAUAUCCCAGCCAUAUCUCUGCGAACAUAUUCCCUGCUCCAAACCUCGUACCUGAUUCCUGCUGUUGAAAAUGUGUGGAAAAGAAAACAACAACAUCACCUGGCAGCGUUGAAGGAUCGGCCAGCUAAGUUAGGAGGAGACGGUCGCUGUUGUUCGCCUGGUCACACUGCAAAGUAUGGCAGCUACACCUUGAUGGACCUGACUAACUCCAAAGUGCUUGACACACAGCUAAUACAGAGCAAUGAAGUCAGCAGCUCAAACGCCAUGGAGUUGGAGGGACUGAAGAGGGGUCUUCAAAAGCUGAAGGAUGAAGGUGUCACCAUAGCAUCAAUCACCACAGAUCGGCAUGGUUCUGUGAAGAAAUAUAUGAGGGAGAAGGAGCCUUCAAUUGAACACUGGUUUGAUGUAUGGCAUGUAGCUAAAGGGAUCCGAAAAAAGAUUGAUGCCAAAGGGAAGAGGAAGAUCCUGAACAUACUGCUGAUGUGGUCCAAGUCCAUCAGUCACCACGUCUAUUGGGUGGCAUCAACUAGCCAAGGUGACGGACCAUUGGUUGUUGAGAAGUGGCUGUCGCUGCUCAACCAUGUCAUCAAUAGAAACAACGUGCAGACCGGGGGUAACGCUGCCUUUCCUCUGCACCCCGGGGCUGAUGGGUAA